AUGGAUUAAAAUAAAGUUAUAGAUGGAUCUGUCACUUUGGAUGUCUUAUAACCAAAAUUAAAUAAAUUGUAUUUGGUCUGCUCAAUAAAUAGUAAGGAGCCAUUUACAGAUCCUGAAACAAUUUAAACAGAUUUUAUAAGUAAAAAUGCCUUUUAUUUAUUAUUCAUAGCUUAAAAAAGUGAGACCUUAUUGGCUUUGAAGAUUCCCAAAUUGUUUGCAUAUAUUGGUCUUGCAGGCACAAAAGCAAUUUAGAAUAAAUAACAUGAGGAAUUACCAAAUUAAUUAUUAUCCUGUUUUAGAUUGUUGGAUGCAGAUAACAUAAUUGGUGGAUAUAUGGAUGGUAGAAUAGUAUAAAAAUAGAUAUCAACACAACGAAUAAUGAAAGAAUUCAAUCGACAGAAUUAAGAAAUUAUAAUUAAGAAAAAACCUAUAAAAAUCCAUAUUUUUCAAAAAUAUUUUGUUACUCUGUUUUUAGAGGGAGUGAUUUGUAUUUAUCACAAAGAUCAUUAAAUAAUCAAACUAUAAAGCGAAUAUGAGAAAUUUAUUCGAUUGUCAUUUUAAGCUCAUAAAAAAAUAGGUAGUAUUAUAAUCUAUAAAAGUAAGUCAGAAGACACUAAAAAAAUUUGAAGAUUUUGAUUUUCAUUAUAAUUAUUUAAAUCAUGGUGAAUUUUCAAACUUUUAGUUUUGUUAAUAAAAGAUGAAUCCUGAAUAUUUAUUUAGGUUUGAAGCAAUGUCAAUAAAUGAUAUAGAAAUAUUACCUUUUAGUCCUUUAGAACAUCUUAAUAAGCCAGAACUAAGGAUGGAUAAGGGUUUAUGUUUAGCUAUGAGUGGAUUAGAUGGAUAUUUUAGAUUAUUAGAUGCAAUGAAUAACAAGCCAUUAUUUUCAUUUAAAACAGAAUGUUGUGGAAUAUGUUCAUUUUCAUUUAAUCCUAAUUUUAGCAGUGUAAGUAGAGCUAGUUAAAUAGGUUUGUUUAGGGGCAUAGGAUGAUUCAGCUUACGUUGUAAAUUUCAAUUCGAAAAUAUCAUGGAUCCGUUUGUUGGGACAUAAUUCAUUUAUUUCAAGAGGAGUAUUCAGUUCGAUAAGUGCAACAGAGUUUAGGAUUAUAUGUGGAUGUUAUGAUGGUACAAUAUCAAUAACAGAUGUUGAUUUAAGUUAAUUAAAUCCUGAAAAUAAUUUAUUUGUGAAGGCAUAAGAAAAAGAGAAAGUUUUAUAAGUUAAGAACAUUCAAAGCGUAUCAUAAGAUGGAGUGGCUAAUUUAUCAGAAUAUUAGAAUUAUAUAGUUUGCAUGAAUUUCGAUGGAGUAAUUAAAAUUUUUCUAUUGUAAUGA